GUGAGCCAAAAUUUCGUUUCACCAGCGAGCAUCAAAACCUUCAUUCCGAAGAAACUCCGAUUAUUCGUUGUGGGCAGUGGCGAGGAUAUCAGUAUGAAAGCUAGUGGAAAAAGAUCGAUUUGGAGAAAGAAGGUGGGAUUUCCCAUUGUGCUCCUCUCCUCCUCCUUCUUCUUCCUUGCCGGCUUCUACGGAUCCAUGCUCUUCUCCAUGAAUCCCAGGGCUGGCAAUGACAGCGUCCCCCAUGCGAAGUUUAUCGAGCUGUCAGAAGGUGGAGAGGCCGAGCUGGUUGCGAUGCCCCACGGAGAGACCGGAGAGCCUCGCUAUUAUUCGAUUCCUUUUCAGGUCUUAAGUUGGAAACCACGAGCUGUAUAUUUUCCCAGGUUCGCAACUGCAGAACAAUGUCAGUCAAUAAUAAAAAUUGCCAAGUCAAAGCUAAAGCCGUCCUCCUUAGCCCUGCGGAAGGGAGAAACUGAAGAGAGCACCAAAGGGAUAAGAACAAGUUCGGGUACAUUUCUAAGUGCAUCUGAAGAUUCAACAGAAACCUUAAAAUACAUUGAGGGAAAGAUUGCCAAAGCAACGAUGAUCCCAAGAGAUCAUGGAGAGGCCUUCAAUAUUCUUCGAUAUGAGAUUGGACAGAAGUAUGCUUCUCACUACGAUUCGUUUGAUCCAUCUGAAUAUGGUCCGCAGAAGAGCCAAAGAGUAGCUUCAUUCUUGUUGUAUCUAUCGGAUGUAGAGGAGGGUGGAGAAACCAUGUUUCCUUUUGAGAAUGGAUCAAAUAUGGAUACUAAUUAUGAUUACCAGAAAUGCAUUGGUUUAAGAGUCAAACCACAGCAAGGAGAUGGUCUUCUAUUUUAUUCAUUGUUAACAAAUGGUACAAUUGACCCGACAUCUCUUCAUGGAAGUUGUCCAGUGAUCAAAGGAGAGAAAUGGGUUGCCACAAAAUGGCUCAGAGAUACUAAUAACAAGAAUAUAAUCUAACAAUUACAAUAUUUUCUUGGCUUUGAAUUAUCCUUAUUAAUUUUUUUUAAAUGUGAAAUUUUUAUUGUCUUUGUGACUUCAAGCAUCGUCACUGGGCCCUGUAAAAUAUUAAAAAACUAAAGAAGAAACUAUCCAAGUUCUGAGAGAUGCAGAGCGAUUUACUAUCCAAACUUCAAAUCAAGAUUUUUUUGGACAUUUGAGUCA